GCUGCUCUCGUCAGUCGAGCCGAACAAAAUGCCAAUGGUGGACGGUUGGUGAGUCGCGGGUACGGUAAUACGUGCUGGGGAAAUUAUCAUGUGAACUGUGAACGCGUGCGGUGGACCGUAGUGUUGUAAAUAGGGGAGGCGUCCUGGGAGCCGUCGCCGCGAAAGGUCUGCUCCUUCGGGAUACUUCCCUGCGAGGUUAUGUGUGACUGACCCUGUGUCCACCAUCCACGAAAGAAACGCGAAAGGAAGAUGGACCACCAGCAGACCAGGAAACAACUCGUCUCGCCGGAAGUGGCGAUGGCCAACGAGGUCUUCGACCUCUUCUGCAACGCGACGACCUUGAAAUCCAUCCUCGGCCAUUUCCGGCACCUCUGCGACCUCCUCAAAAUCAAGCCGAAUGCGUUUCCGCAAUUCUACCCGAAGCUGAAGUCGAAGCUAAGGUCGUGGAAGGCACAAGCUCUCUGGAAGAAAUUCGACCAACGGGCUAACCACAAGUGCUACAACCGCGGGAAAGCAUGUCCGAACACCAGGGUACUGAUAAUAGGCGGAGGUCCUUGUGGUUUGCGAUCGGCGAUAGAGGCACAACUUCUCGGGGCGAAAGUCGUCGUCAUGGAGAAAAGGGAUCGCAUGUCUCGGAACAAUGUGCUUCAUCUGUGGCCUUUCGUCAUCCAAGAUCUAAGAAGUUUGGGGGCGAAGAAGUUCUUCGGGAAGUUCUGCGCGGGAUCUAUAGAUCACAUCAGUAUUCGGCAGCUGCAGUGCAUCCUCUUGAAGGUCGCCCUCAUCCUCGGGGUGGAGUUUCACGAAAGCGUCAGCUUCGACUCGCUUCUGCCACCCCCUGACAACCAGGAGGAAGGAAAAAUCGGGUGGAGGGCGAAAACCACCCCUGCCGACCACCCCGUCUCCCAAUACGAAUUCGACGUGUUAAUCGGGGCGGACGGGAAAAGAAACACCCUGGAGGGCUUCAAGAGGAAGGAGUUCCGAGGGAAGUUGGCAAUAGCAAUAACCGCAAAUUUUAUAAACAAACGAACCGAAGCCGAGGCCCGCGUCGAGGAGAUCAGCGGGGUGGCCUUCAUAUUCAACCAGAAGUUCUUCAAAGAGCUGCACCAAGAGACCGGGAUCGACCUGGAGAACAUCGUCUACUACAAGGACGACACCCAUUACUUCGUCAUGACCGCGAAGAAGCACAGCCUCAUCGACAAGGGUGUUAUCCUCCAGGAUCACGCGGACACGGCCAAACUGCUCGCCAAGGAGAACGUCGACAGGGACGCCCUGAUGCUCUACGCCAGAGAGGCCGCCGAAUUCUCCACGGAAUACCAGAUGAUGGACAUGGAGUUCGCCGUAAACCAUUACGGACAACCGGAUGUGGCCAUGUUCGAUUUCACAUCCAUGUACGCCGCCGAAAACGCGAGCAGGGUCCUGGAGAGAUACGGACACAGGCUGCUGAUGAUCCUGGUGGGCGACAGUCUCCUGGAGCCGUUCUGGCCGACGGGCUCGGGCUGUGCCAGGGGAUUCCUUAGUUCCCUCGACGCCUGUUGGGCCAUCAAGGGCUGGGGAGCAUCCUUGACGCCGUUGGAGGUCCUGGCCGAGCGAGAGUCCAUCUACCGGCUUUUGGCGCAAACUACACCCGAGAACUUAAACCGAGAUUACGCGGCAUACACCCUGGACCCACAUACAAGGUACCCAAACUUGAAUGUCCGUUCGGUGACGCCGAUUCAGGUGCGGAGUCUUCUGGACACCGACGAUCCGGACAAUAUCAAACAACCCUCUGUGCAAACCGGCGUGGACAUCCCGAAGAAACGACGUCGUAGGGAUACCCAGGUGCAUCCGGACACCUUGCUACACUGGCUGCAGAGACAAGUGGCCCUCUACGACGCGGUGCACAUAGAAGACAUGGGAGCUUCCUUUAAGGACGGACUCGCCAUUUGUGCCAUUAUUCACCGAUACAGGCCCGACCUGAUAGACUUUUACUCCCUUAAGCCAGAAGAAGAGACCAUCAACAACCAACUUGCCUUCGACAUCCUCGAGAAGGAGCUCGGCAUCACCCCGAUAAUGACCGGCGAGGAAAUGACGGAAUGCGAGGUGCCUGAUAAACUUGCAAUGUUCUCCUACCUGACGCAGAUAUACGAAACUUUCCGGGGAGAGAUACCCCAUAUCAAGCACCCUAAAUUGGAGCCGGAAAAGGAGGAGAGGCCCUCGUACUCCCGACAACUGAGCCAAAUGACUCCCGAACAAAAGGCCCAGCUUUUGGGUCGUCUCACGAAACAAGACAACGUCCUUCGCCCAAGGCACUCGAGGUCUCGACAUACAAACGAGCACGUACAAAACGUCCCCGAUAAAAAAGGAGACUCCAUAAGUCGGCGAUCGAGGAAGCGACGCAGCAACGAAAAAAUGGGCGCCACAGUAGAGGAAAGGAUGAAAAGGCUCGAGGACAUCGAGCGAAAUAGAAUCGAGCGAAUGAGGAAACGGCAGUAUCUCAGGAAAAUGGCGACCCAGCAAUUCUACAAGAGCAUGCAGAUGCUGGAAGCGAAUGCCAAGAGGGAGAAGGACGAGCCCUUCGAGGAUUAUUCGAUUUUCUUGUACCGGCAAACCGCCCCCGAUUUCAAGGAUAGAGUGAAAUAUUUAGAGCAGAAAAUCCUCUACCCAGACAGAGAACCGAAAGUGCACGCCGGCCAUCACAGAGGAAACAUCGACGAAGAGUUCUCAGGAAGGAUAAAAAAUAUCGAGGACAAAUUGCGAGGGAACACGCCGGCAGAGAAGAAGCCGAAGGACCUGUUGCGAGCAAUCGGGAAAAUAGAGAAGACCGACUGGAACGUGAAGGAGAUCGAGAAGAAAAUCGAGGAGAACAAGAUGGGCCGAGGCGUUCGCCACGACAGGGUGGAGAGGGUGCCAAAAUGGAGUCGCGAGCAGGUCUCUAUAUGCUUCACGCAGUUUUUAGCUCGGCAGAUCAAGAUGGAGAAGAACGGCCGCGACGCCAACGAGCCGGAGAGUAAGUACGCCGACAUAGACAAUACCCUGAAGAGUAUCGACAAGAAGAUUAAAGAGGGUAACUUUCUCGGGCACAAUAAAGUCUCGGCAAUGGCCGAGCAAUUUGCCAAUAAAAAUCAGGACGCCGAGCCGAAGGUGCAAAAAUCGAACUCGAAGGCGGCUCUCGUUCUGCCUGCGCAAGGUGGGUCAGAAACUUGUCACUUUUGUAACAAAAGGGUGUACUUAAUGGAGAGACUCAGUGCAGAGGGGAAAUUUUUCCACCGAGGAUGCUUCCGCUGUGAAUAUUGCUCAACAUCGCUAAGAAUAGGAAAUCACACUUUCGACAGGGACAAAAAUGGCGGACGUUUCUAUUGUUCCCAGCAUUUCGGUCUCUCUGGCACCAUGAAAGCUAGAGUAGAGAAGAAGAAAGUACCCACACUAAAUAAAGAAAAUAUUCCUGACUCGUCGGUGAACAUGAAGACUCCGGAGAAAACGAAAACUCCACUCGAGGGAGUCGCUGGUCUCGAUUUGCUCGAUCGCGGACAAACUCCUGAGAGGAUAGAAUUUGAAAAUUUGGCGGGCAUUUCGGACGCCGAGGAGGCAAGAAGUCAGAUGGACGAGGACGAAUGGACGGAUCGUAAUUUCGGAGCUUCCGCAGCAGAAAUGGGCUCCAGUGACGACAUUUCCGAUAUGAGUGAUUCCGAUGAAGACAACGAAGUUUUCGAAGAGGCGAUGGACCAACCUCUGACGACUGAAGGAACUCUCGAGCUUGCUAAAAAUUGGACCUUGAGGUACUCUCAUCAACACGCAACUGGACAUUCGGAUACGGGAAGCAACGAGUACGAAGACUCCAGCGACGAGUACACCAGCGAAGAAGAAGAAAGCGGCACCGCCACCGAAGAUGAAGAUGAAGUUCGAGCCAGGGAGCUGAGGAGGUUAGAAGUUCCACCGAGAAGUCCAACGAAAAGCUCCGACACCGACACCGGUUCCGAAACAGAGGUGGCCUCGGACGAGGAAUCGAGCGAGGAGAGCGAGGAAAAUUCCGCAACGGAAAUCUCGACGGAUUCCGAAUUCGAGCACGACGGGACGACUCCAACCCAGCACGAGAUCCCAGAAAUCACGAUCAACGACUGCUUCGUCCGUAAAACUCGAGGGAACUACCUGGAGCCGAAGAAGGUGCAAGUAAAAAGUCGCAUGAUCACCUCCAUAAACGGGAACCUGAAGCAAACGAGAGAGACGACGUUAAAAAAGGAAAUUUCGAAGCUGGAGGCCGGAAGAUCAGCCUCGAGGAUCAAAGAGGAGGCGUCACUAGCGCCAAAGCGGCCGAGCUGCGAAGUUUCCGGCCCGACGCCGCUGUCUAAUCCGAGAAGAGGAGAUUACCUAUUAAACAGGACCCACUCGACGGAGGGAAUAGCUUCAAAGUUGUCCUUGGAGCUGAAGAAGAGGUACUUGUUGGGAGGAUCCGGUCUGGAGGGCUCGGUCGUGAAGUCGGGGUCGGCAUCGAACGUGGACACGAAGCUGAGGAGCUUCACCGACGCGAUUUCCCAGCACCAGAAGCUUCUUAACCCUGCACCAGAGCCCAGUCCAACCAUGCAGGCGUUCCUCCAGGGUGCGAGCAAGCUGAGGUCAUCGGGGAUCCCCCUGUCGCCGAUCUCCCCUACGGCGUUGUUCUCUUCCUCGCCGUUGAAGGCCUUCCCCUUCGACAAGGCCUCCAUCUCCCAGGGCGCGAGCGAGAGGAAGACGACGGAGACCCCGAAGACGCAGCUCCCGGACCUGGUGAAGGAGUCCAGCAUCCUGAAGUCCAAGACGGAGCCGAAUAUGGUGCUCCAGGAGGGGGUGGACCCCAAGGUGGAGGGAAACCUCCCGGAGGUCCAGCUCGAGGAGAACGAGAUCUGUCGGCCUAGGAGUCCUCUCCACGAGACCUCUAUCCUGGUUCCCCAGGUCGAUUGGGCCAGGAAGGAGGAGAAGAAGGGCAGCUCGGAGGAAUCCGAGAUCGACAGCGAUUCUCUUUCCUCGAGCGAGGCCGAGGAAGAGGUCCAGGCUGCGAAUCUUGCACCUCCCAGGUUGCAGAUACACAGCAUAGACGGGGACCUUCUCCUGGACGUCGAGGUUCAUCGGAACAGAGGACUGGAUGAUGGGAAUGGCUUCGAGCCGGAUUCCAUUGAAUGUUCUCUGAUUCGUCAGGAAGACGCCAGGGAGGUCAAGGCUUUGGAGAACCGGAAGCUGGUGGCCGGCGACCUGGACAACCCGGAAGUCGGGCCUGAAGACGCGAACCCUGAACACCGGGAACCGCGAGACAAUGGAAGGCGCAGCUUCAGCAACUGCAGCAGCCCAGCUUCGGUCCUGUCCAACAAGCAAGACGACUCGGAGGACAACGACGUGACAACGGCAGCUCUGACGGAAACGGAGUUCUCGGAGUGGGCCCAGGAUGGCGAAGCACUAGGUUCGGAGGACCUCAAGGACGUAGAAUUCGAGCUGAACCCCGACCUGGCGGAAAGGAGGAGGAAGCUGAAGCUCAGAGGAGGCGAGAACCUGGACUGGACCCCGGUCAGGAUGGCGAAAGAGGAGGACGACCUGACGGACAAGGAGCUGGACUCGGCCACCCUGGACAAGGCCCUGGACCAGACGAGCAACAGCACCUCGAAACUCCUGGCCAACGGGGAGAACAUCGACUUCAUGGACACCGACAACGAGUCCCUGCUGGAGGACAGCCUCCAGGAUGCUACCAACAGCACCUUGCUGAAGAACCGAGGAUACGUGGAGUUCGUCAACGUGAGGACUUCCUCCGCACCUUCUAGACCUGGGGACGCGCCCAUAGCCAGGGUAGAGGCAGGGAACGUGUCGGAGGACGAGUCCUACCUGGAGAACGUAAUCGAGAUCAGCCCGAUCAGGUUGGAGGACGUCAAGGACAGGUUGAACGGGUCGACGGGGUUGUCCAGGUGCGUCUCCCCCGAGGAAAAGGAGGCGAGGACGCCGACGACCGGAGAGGAUCCCGUGGAAGCUGUAAAUAGGGAAUUGUUCCAGUCUAUGGAGGAGGACAGCCUGCUGAUCGUCGAGCCCGCCGAAGACACGACCACCAGCGAGGUGAUAACCGUCCUGGCGAGUCCCGUCAAUCCCCAGGUGCAAAUGCUCCCGGUAGAAGCGAACGAGUCCAAGGAGGAGCCCCCCAAGUCCAUCGCCGAUGUAAACAACCCGGAUUAUCUGGAGUACGUCAAGAGACUGCAGUCCAGGAUCGCCGAGUUCAGCAACGCCAAGGACUCCAUCGACGUCAGGAAGUCCAAGAGGAAGACGUCCAAAGUCACCUCCCAGAGCAAACCCACGGACGUGAUCGCGGAGGAGAUCAAGAGCCAGGAGAGCCAGGAGAGCCAGGGUAACCCGAACGGCUUCAACAGCUUCAACUCCCCGGCGACGUCGAGGAAGCUCGAGGAGAUCACCAGGGAGCGGUCCAAGCAGAAGACGCUGAUCCAGGACCUCUUGAUGGACAAGUUGGAGGCCCACAAGCAGAAGUCCGCGGAGAAGAAGGCGAAGCGAGCUGCAAGGGCGACGUCCUUUUCGGGAGGGUCCACCUUGUCCCCGGUGAAGCUACCCACGACAUCGUCCUCGGUCCCCGUGAGGUUCGUCCCCACUUCCAUCGCCUCGCCGAUCGGUAGCCCGACUUCCACGACCUUCUCCGAGGCCGAAAAGACCCCCCCUGGUCUGGACACCCGGUCGGAAGAGGUCGGGCCCAACUCCGAGGGCCAGACCAACUCCGAAUCGGCGAAGGACUCCCUGGAGAGCUCGAGCCUCCCGAAGACACCGUCCUAUCAGUCCCUGAAGAGCGAAACUUCAAACGGGUCCGCCAAGGAAGAGUUUGGCUUCAAGACCCCCGUGGCACCUCCUAGACCGAAGCACGAGGAAGCCAGGAGGACUGCCGAGAAGGCCAAACAGGACGCCAGGGAAAGGGCCAGGUUGAAGAGCGACGAAGACUUGGGCCUGAGUCCCGAGGACAGGAUCAAGCAGCUGAGGAUGAAGGUCGCCAGGAGGCAGCUCUCCGUCGAGGACAGGAAGAGAAGCGAGGAGUGCCUGCUCCCUGAAGCUAGGUCCAGGCACUACAGCUUCGACGUAGACCACUUCGGGAGCAAGCUCCAUGCCAGCAAGAGCACGGACAACAUCAAGGCCUUCGCCAGGAAGUCUCGCGAGGAGGCGCUUCCACCCUCCGGGACGAAGUCCAUGGACGAGCUUCAAGCUUCCGGUUCUGCCCAGGAUGGCGUCGCCACCGUCGUCAAACGAGAGAAGAAGAAAGCUAAGGACCCUGAGAGGAGGAAAAGCAUCAUCCAGGCGGUCUCCGACUUCUUCAAGAAGAAGGACUCUUCUCCUUCCUCGACGUGCCAGAAGGACAAAUUGUCCAGGUUUAGACUGACGCCUAAAUCCAAGGAUAAGGGAAAAUUGUUUAGGUCGUAUUCAGCUGGAUCAGAUCUGGACAAGUCCAGUCCUUUGAAGUGUGAUCGCAGGCCUAAAAGUGUCUGCGAAGGAAUGCUCGCUGGAAGCUUCUUCAGCGAAAGUCCACCUCCUGUGCCUCCACCACCGUUGAACUACUCCAUAGCAACUACUAAUAUAUCAGAUGACAGUCUUUCCGAAGAAGACUCAAGAGCUACAGCCCUCUCCGUUUCGCAAAUGCACAAAACAACUGUAGCCGAUGGGUCGUGCAAUAGUAUACACCGAAAGGCAAGAACAACCAGCCGAUUAGGUAGACAAGCACAACUGAAAAGAUUACGAAUGGCUCAGGAAAUCCAAAGGAAAUUGGAGGAAACCGAGGUUAAACAACGAGAAUUGGAGGUUAGGGGAGUCAGUGUCGAGAAGGCCCUUCGAGGCGAAGGAGACUGCUCAGACCGAGAAGAAGCUGAUUUACUAGGCGAAUGGUUCGACUUGAUGAGAGAAAGAACCGAACUGCGUAGGUACGAGAAGGAGCUUCUAGUCCGUGCUAAGGAAGUCGAGCUGGAGGAUCGUCACGAAAGAUUGCAGCAACAACUGCGCGAACGACUAGCCGACGAUGACGACAAGAAGACCAGCGAGGACGUAAAGAAAGAGGGGGAGAUCUUAACGGAAAUGUUGGAAAUUGUGGCGAAACGCGACUCGCUGAUAGCGUUUCUGGAGGAGGAGCGACAAAGGUACCGGGACGAAGACCGUGACUUUGAAGCUCAAAUGCUCGCUAAGGGCCUAAGGUUAACCCCGAUUAAGAAAUCCGGCCCUAAGUACUCGGUCUAGUGUCCAGGAAUUGCACCUCGGGCUCGGGAAUUGACAAUUCUAAGACUGGCUGUUACUUCGCAUUACGUCACAUAGGUGGCGAGCUGUGAAAAGCGCCGCCAUAUUAGACCACGUGACCGUCGAAGAAGUCCACGCCGCCAAGCUAAACUGAAAGAAUUUCCAGGAAUUAAAAGGCGACAGGGAUUUCUCUAUAGCUUCGAAAUUGCCGGGUUUCAUUACCUAAUGAAAUGGAAGCAAAGAGAAUCGUGCGAAUUUUAGGGAACCUAUUAAAUUGGGAUUGGCCAGAGGAAUUUGUUCAGUUCCUUUCAGAGUCCAGGAACGUGAAGUCGAUUGCGACCGAUCGUCCAUAUUGAACGUGUGAUUUUUUUAGGAAUUCUUUUUCUAUGGAUUUGAAGCUCGAACGAGCUACGACCGAACGCAAGGAAUUUGAUCGCGUUAUUUUUGGGAAUCGUGUAUCGAGAUGCCGCAAUGGACGAGAACGGAUCUAGUAGGAUAAGGCGAGAGAAAAUCCGACGUAGUGGAUGCGAUAUUUUUUAAGAGCCGUUAUUCCGAUAAGUGAGCAAACGCGUGAUAUAUAUAAUGUAUAUUCUUCGAGUCGAUGAGGGGCGAGAAUCUAUUUUUACGCUCCCGGACAAAGGGGGACACCAUUUUUGAAGUAGGUCUGUCGAGAGUGGGAAAGAUUCUCUCGGAGUUUCCGCGGAUCCCCCUAUGGCUACUUCUUUGCAUGGGGGCGUGGCUCCACCGACCAAUGGGAUCGCUCCAUGUGGCCGGUGGUGGGGGAAAGUGGUAUCCGAUUCAUACGAAUCAAUGACAAUUCCGGCAUAUUGAGACGCAGACCUUUAGAUACGACCUAACCGUAAUUUAAUUGAACAUUGCCAUUUUUUAAACAGACCGAUUAACCCUCGAGGACUCUACUUCACGAGUUGUAAUAAUUACAGCGUAGAAAUAUUUUUACAUGAUGUGAAGACAGCCGUGAGGAAAGAAGACAACGGUGUUAUAGAGAGAAAUCUUAAUCGAUGAAAUCUGUUAACCGAUCCAGUGACACGAUCAGAAUGGGAAAAAAAAUUCUUAUCGUGUGAAAGUUCUGUUGCAAUUAAUUAUGUAAUACUGCCGCGUACAAGAAAUUCGCUGUAUCCGUCGUUGCAUAUAAUUUCAACGUUCAGUCUACAUAUAUAUAAAUAUAUGUUGUGUAAAUCACCUGAGCGAUGAUUUUUAGAUGAUUCUAUAAUUUUCCUUCUCUUAGUGAGAACGUGACUGAUAUAGGUUUACUUAUCAGUCGUAUGUUCGUCGUAGAAGUAAAUCAAGUGUGUACACACGAAGGUCCUAAAUUAUAACAGACUGCCUAAUUUCCCCGUUAUAACUUUGGGAUUCAGUUAAUAGGUGCGACUAGAUCACUAGGAUUUCCAUUAUUUUAUAUAACUUGUACAUAUUGUUCCCCCGUCGGUAUACAUCGCGAAGUCGCCAAUGUAAAAUUGACAUUGCUGUAAAGCUUGUACAAUAAAAAAUCUCUCCG